GAAUGUUUACUUUUUAUGCUGUUCUUGCCAGAAUUGUUUGUUAGAGCAUAUAAAUUAUAAAAUGGACAUAAAAGCUGCUAAAGAUUAAUAAACAAAGUACGCCACACCGCAUUAAUAUGACACAAUCAAAUAAAUCCGCGCCCCGUGACAGUGCCACGGACUCGCACGCCAGCGACCAAACUAAUUCUAAGGAAGACAUCAACAAGGGUUCGCCUUCUCUCAAUCUGGAACAACUGUUAGAUGGCAUAUUCCAUGCCCUGCAAAAACUUUGGCUGCAGGGACGCCGCAUCGCCUUCUUUAUAAUGUGCGAGCUGGGCGGAAAUGAGCUGUUUGAAGCAGCGGCUUCCUGGUGUGUCCAACAUCCAGACAUUGCCAUCUGUUUGCUGGCCGCCAGUUUUGUGUUCCUCUUGCCUUUGAUUAUAAUUUUUGGCUUUGGAAUUAUUACCUUGGCAAUCACUUUUACCGGUAUUCUCGUACUGGAAGGCACAUUGCUGACUGUUAUCUUCAUGAUAUUUCUGGCAUGCAUUAGCAGUUUGGCUAUUGCUGUGGGUCUGUUUGCUAUUGUUGCAUAUUUUGGAUUUUCGCAGUUUUAUCUAUUCUUUGGAAUGGAACGUCACCGAGACGCGUUCAUAAAGUUUUUAAAGGCAAAUAUGAGUACAGCAAAUGCAAACGAAUCAAACCAAAAUACAACUUAAGCGGAUCAUUAACCUAAGUUAGUUUCCAAAGAGAAAAUAUGUCGAAUUCCCAGUAAUAAAAAGACUGUAAUAUGAA